AUGUAUGAAGAGCUGGGGUUGCCCACAGAAGACGGCGGGGAAGGCAAAACACAAACCGUAUCACCUUUCGUGUACUUCAAGACAAUCUAUGAGCUUGGACAUGGACUGAACUUGCUCACACUGCACCACACGCGUCAGUACCAGGCGAUGACUACGUUGAAUUCUGAUGAGCGCGUACAUGCAUCUGGCUUUUGGGGUUAUUGUGUGGAAGUACGGCAGUCCCAGGCGGAAGGUUGUGGCUCAGGGCGUCUUUGCCAUGGUCUUUGCGUUCUGGUACUGGCAGUGCUGGCAUUUCUCCUGCGGGCGUCGGUAAAACAUAGGACGGCGGGUUGGUGGAUCCUCGAGCUGCAAAUCGGCGAUGAUUCCGGGUCGCCCGGAUAA